AGGUUAAAUUAUGGGAGCUGAUGAUUCUAUAAAUCUACCAGAAACAAGCAAAGUAAACAAAGAUAUUAAUGAUCUUGAAAAAAUCAGGCGUGAACGGCGGGUUGAGCUGGAAGCUGUUAGAACUAGUUCUGAUCUUUUUCAUAGAAAUCCUUACUCCAGGCAGCCGACCAUGCCAGGGUUUAGCAGACGAUUAAAUAUUCUGGGAUAUCCACUGGAAGCGCCCUCUAACCAGAUUUACUCUAGGUUUUCUUCAACAUCCAACCGGGAAUACGGCUCUUGUGUAGGAUUAGGUUCGACAAGCGAAGUCAUUUUCCUCGAGUAAAUGGUGAACUGAGCAGUUAUAUGGCCGCUGUGUGGAGAAAUGAAAGUCAGCUGAAACCAACGUCAAGUUUACCAAAACAUAAACAUACAUAGACAUGAAAUAAACAUACAUAGACAUGAAAUAAACAUACAUAUACAUGAAAUAAAUAUAAUUAUGUUUUUUGUAGACUACAAUGGUUAUUGUUUUUCAGGAUUAAGUAAAUAUAUUUGAGCUCACUGUUUCUCUAGAGCCAAACAUUAAAGCAGCAAAGGAAUUGAGUCUUUGUCACAAACUCAAAUUU